UAAAACACGUUUAGUUUUUUAAAAUACAUGACCAUGGCGCGGCUCGGGCUGGAGGAGGACGACCUGGUGCUCAUGACCAGCACGUCGCUCCCAAAGGCCACCUCCGUCAAGCUGCGGCCGCACACCAUGGAUUUUCUGGGAGCCAAGGACCUCAAGCAGCUGCUCGAGUUCAACGUCAGACUGAACACGCCGUGCGUGACGGUCGGCGACACGAUCGCCGUCGCCGAGGGGGACAGGCGGUACCUCCUCGACGUCGUCGAGGCCAAGCCCGCCGACGCCGUGUCCACCCUCGAGACCGACUGCGAGGUCGACUUCUCGACGCCGCUCGACUACGUGCAGCCUCCUGCUCCGGUGCCAGCGAAAGUCGCCGCCGCCCCAUGCCAAGACUGCGCCCACGGCGGCGAGCGGCGGUUCGUCGGCGUCGGCAUGAGGAUGGACGGCAAGCCCGUGGAGCAGACGCCGGCGCCUGUGGCGGGUUCUUCGGGCAAGGGGAAGAGUUCUAGUGAGCAUGUGCUUCGGUUCUUCGGCGGCCGCGGCUCGGUGGCGGUGCCACCUCCCGGCCCCAAGAUGGCGAAGAAGAAAGUGAUCAAAAAAUGUUAA